ACGCGUAACCGUUGAAACGUGCCCAGCGGAGGAAGUUUCUGCUAUUUUUUUGGGAUUGAAUUCAAGUGUUUUGUAUAUUUGAAUACAUCCAGCUGUCAUUUUUUUCGGUGUCUUCCGCGAGUGUGCUGCAUUUCCAUUAGUGGCUUUACCCCCAUUUCGCAUUUCCGGCCGUACCCACGCUUUUCCAUUACUUUGUUUUUAGCGGAAACAUGCAGCGACUUCAACUGUGCAGUGUCCUAGUCCUGGCAGCCUGCUUAGCCAGCGGACAUGCCCUGGCCGUAGGCUCUCCGGAAUGCCCGGAGAAGUACGGCGAACAGGCAUAUGCCCACACGGAGAACUGCGAUCAGUUCUUCCUCUGUACCAACGGCACCCUGACCCUGGAGACCUGCGAGAACGGGCUGCUCUUUGACGGCAAGGGUGCGGUGCACAAUCACUGCAACUACAACUGGGCGGUGGACUGCAAGGGUCGCCAGUGGGAUCCCACUCCCAUCUCGACGCCCGGCUGCGAAUACCAGUUCGGUCUGUAUGCGGUGUCCAAGGACUGUUCCACGACGUACAUCAAGUGCGCCCACGGAGAGCCCCAUGAGCAGGACUGCGAUGCCGGAUUGGCCUACGACGAACGCAUCCAUGGCUGCAACUGGCCGGAUCAGCUUCUGGACCAUUGCAAUCCCGAAGCUGUUGUUGGCUUCAAGUGCCCCACCAAGGUGGAUCCCAAUUCGGUGGCCGCCCGCUUCUGGCCCUUCCCCCGCUUCCCCGUCUCCGGCGACUGCCACCGCCUGAUCACCUGCGUCGAGGGACAUCCCCGUCUGAUUAGCUGCGGCGAGGACAAGGUCUUCGACGAGCACACGCUCACCUGUGAGGAGCCCGAGUAUGCCAGCGGCGGCUGUGCCAACUACGGCAAAUAGGCAAUAUAUCGCGCAAAUCGCUCUGUAUAUACGUACAUACUAUGCACAUGUGUAAAGCUCAAAGCACAAGCUCAAGCCCCACUGCCCCACUAUUAUUUGCUGUUUCCUCUUUUUGACACACGCCUGCACUGUCCCGAAUUCCUAGCCCAAGACAAAGCCACACCGAAAAUGUUGCGCAAUCAGUUUCGCUUUUUAACCGACAUCGUCGUCGUCUCCCCAUGUUUCUCUUUCUGUAAUAUUAAAUCUCUUUUUUUUUUGUUAUUUGGUCUCUUCCUUUGUAUAUGAAUCGCAAUAAAGUUAAUUUUAUUUAUUGUA